AUGCACAGAGCAGCGUCGCGAUUCGUCGCCGCUGCAAUCUCAAGGCCAUUGCCGGCAUGUCGGAUCGCAGUGGCAUCUCAGCGACAUCUGAGCACCAACAUGCGGAUCCCAGCCAUUGCCGCAUCACGGCCUCAAGUCAGGAAGACGAAGCGCUUGAUACCGAGCGGCGUCCGAACAAUCUUUAUCCAGACUGAAAACACACCAAACCCGGAUGCCCUCAAGUUCUUGCCGAAUCAUCGCAUCAUCCCGCCAGACAUGACCACCCCAUUUAUAGAGUAUCUAAACCCGAGAGCUACGAUUUCUCCGCCGCACCCCUCGCCUUUGGCUGCCAAGCUCAUGAACAUUGACGGCAUAACCUCAGUCUUUUACGGAGCCGACUUCAUCACUGUGACCAAGGCUGGAGAUGCCAACUGGGCCCAUGUGCGACCUGAGAUCUUUGCUCUCAUUACCGAGGCCAUCACUUCCGGCGAGACGAUUGUCAAUGUUGUGGAGCGCAAGGAGGGUGAAUCAGCAGCGGCCGUGGAAGAAGACAGUCUAGCUUACAACGAAAACGACAGCGAAGUGGUAGGCAUGAUCAAGGAGCUGCUGGAAACCAGGAUCCGGCCGGCCAUCCAAGAAGACGGUGGCGACAUCGAAUUCCGUGGCUUCGAAGAUGGCCAAGUGUUGCUGAAGCUGCGUGGAGCUUGCCGAACAUGCGACUCAAGUACUGUGACACUGAAGAAUGGCAUUGAGGGCAUGUUGAUGCAUUAUAUUGAAGAAGUCCAGGGAGUAAAGCAAAUCCUGGAUGAAGAAGAGGAGAUUUCUCUGCAGGAGUUUGCCAAGUUUGAGGAAAAGUUGAAGCAGCAGCAGAAGGCAGCCGAGGCGUCAUGA